AUGAGGCUACUAACGUACAAUAACAUAUUUCGGAUUGAGGAUCUGAGCUUCAACAAUAUGAACAAGUUGACCAAGCUAUAUCUUAGUGACAACCAAAUCUCCAACAUUGCUAUUGAUGCUUUCAAAGGACUUCAUACUCUGAGGUUUAUAUAUUUUAGUGGCAACCAAAUCUCCAACAUUGCUAUUGAUGCUUUCAAAGGACUUCAUACUCUGGAGGAAAUAGAUCUUCAAGAAAACCAAAUCUCCAACAUUGAUGUUGAUGCUUUUAAAGGACUUCAUACUCUGGAGUCAAUGUCAAUCUUUGGCAACUUGCUGGAAUACAUCGAACCGGGGACUUUCCAGAAUCUGAGUCGGCUAGAAUAUCUGGAUUUAUCUUUCAACCCGCUGGAAUACAUCGAACCGGGGACUUUCAGGAAUCUGAGUCGGCUAGGAACUCUGUGA